GGCGCGCCGAGGGCGGAGGGAAGAUGGCGGCGGCCGCGGCGGCCCCCGAGGACGAGCUGGUCUCGUCGGUGACGCUUUACCGGCGGCGGCCGCGGCUGCUCCGCGGCACCGUGCUGCCCUUCGCCGCCGGCCUCUACCCGGCCUGGCUGUGGCUGUGGGGGCCGCGGCUGUGGGCGGCGGGCGAGGCGGCGGGGCCGCCCGAGGCGGCGCUGUUGGCGCUCGGCGCCAUCGCGGCGCUGCAGCUGCUCACGGCGCUGGCCGGGCUCUGGUCCGUGCACGCCGAGUGCGCCCUCAGCUGCGUCAGGGAGCCCUGUCCCCAAAAAGCCACCCUGGCCAAGGUGGUGCCGACCCCCAACAACGGCUCCGUGGAAUUGGUGCCAAUCCACAGGGAGCAGGGUGAGGACGGGCAGGAAGCGCUGAGCUUCGAAUUCCAGAAGAUCAAAUAUUCCUACGAAAUCCAUGGAAAAAAACAAUUCCUGCCCGUGGCAUUCCCUGUGGAGCAUCCCUUGGGAUUCUACCAGAAUUCCAGAGGCUUCCAGGAGGAGCAGGAAAUCCGGGAGGCCGAGAGGAAAUACGGGAAUAACAAGGCAGAAAUGGUGGUGCCAGAAUUCCUGGAGCUGUUCAAGGAAAGAGCCACGGCUCCGUUCUUCGUUUUCCAGGUGUUCUGCGUGGGGCUCUGGUGCCUGGACGAGUUCUGGUACUACAGCGUCUUCACCCUGUCCAUGCUCGUGGCCUUCGAGGCCUCGCUGGUGCAGCAGCAGCUCCGCAACCUCUCGGAGAUCCACAGGAUGGGCAACAGGCCCUACAUGAUCCAGGUCUACAGGAACCGGAAGUGGCGCCCGAUUUCCAGCGACGAGAUCAUCGCGGGGGACAUCGUCUCCAUCGGCCGCUCCCCCCAGGAGAAUUUGGUGCCCUGUGACCUCCUCCUGCUGCGGGGCCGCUGCGUGGUGGACGAGGCCAUGCUGACGGGAGAGUCCGUGCCGCAGAUGAAGGUGGGGAAAAACGGGGAAAAGCGGCGGGAAAGCGUGGAUGUCCUGGGGGAUUCCUUGGGAUUUCCUGGGAAUUCCCUGGGAUUUUUUCCCUCCCCAGCUGUGGAUAACGGGUGCCUGGCCUACGCCCUCCGCACUGGCUUCAACACAUCCCAGGGGAAGCUGCUCCGGACGAUCCUGUUUGGGGUGAAGAGGGUCACGGCCAAUAACCUGGAGACCUUCAUCUUCAUCCUCUUCCUCCUCAUCUUCGCCAUCGCCGCCGCCGCCUACGUCUGGAUCCAGGGCACCAAGGACCCCCGGCGGAACCAGUACCGGCUGUUCCUGGAGUGUGCCCUGAUCCUGACGUCCGUGGUGCCCCCCGAGCUGCCCAUCGAGCUCUCCCUGGCCGUCAACACCUCCCUGAUCGCCCUGGCCAAGCUCUACGUUUACUGCACGGAGCCGUUCCGGAUCCCGUUUGCGGGGAAGGUCCAGGUUUGCUGCUUUGACAAAACCGGGACCUUGACCAGCGACCACCUCGUGGUGCGAGGGGUGGCCGGGCUCAGGGAAGGCAAGGAGGUGCUGCCGGUGUCGGAAAUCCCUCUGGAAACUCACCGUGCCAUCGCCUGCUGCCACUCCCUGGUGCAGCUGGAGGAUGGGAGCAUCGUGGGCGACCCUCUGGAAAAAGCCAUGCUGACAGCCGUGGACUGGACCCUGACCCGAGAUGAGAAAGUUUUCCCGAGGAGUCUAAAAACUCCGGGAAUGAGAAUUCACCAGCGCUUUCAUUUCUCCAGUGCCCUGAAGAGGAUGGCGGUGCUGGCUUCCCUGGAAAACGCCUCCGGAGAAAUCCGAUACCUGGCGGCCGUCAAGGGCGCUCCCGAGACCCUGCACGCCAUGCUGUCCCAAUGUCCCAGCAACUACCACGAGAUCCAUCGGGAAUUCUCCCACGAGGGCGCACGGGUCCUGGCCCUGGGCUACAAAGAGCUGGGAGCCCUGAGCCACCAGCAGGUGCGGGAGAUGAAGAGGGAAUCCCUGGAAUGUGACCUGAGAUUUGUGGGAUUCAUCCUGGUCUCCUCCCCCCUCAAAGCCGACUCCAAGGCCGUGAUCCGGGAGAUCCAGAGCGCUUCCCACCACGUGGUGAUGAUCACGGGGGACAGCCCGCUGACCGCCUGCCACGUGGCGCGGGAGCUGCACUUCCUGCAGAAGGACAGGAUCCUGAUCCUGCAGCCGCCGGAGCGCCCCGGUACCGGGAGUGACAGCGGGAACCACGGGGGCGCUGGGAGCGACUCCGGGAACGGGCUGCCCUGGCAGUGGCGCUCCCGGGACGGGUCCGUGGCCCUCCCGGCGUUCCCGGAUUCCCUGCGGGAUCUGACGGAUCCCUUCGAGCUGUGCCUGACCGGGGAGGGGCUGGAGCAGCUCCGGCUGCGGGAUCGGGAUCGGCUGCUCCGCCUCAUCCCCCACGUCCGCGUCUUCGCCAGGGUGGCGCCCAAGCAGAAGGAAUUCGUGAUCACGGCGCUGAAGAGCCUCGGCUACUGCACCCUGAUGUGCGGGGACGGCACCAACGACGUGGGAGCGCUCAAACACGCCGACGUGGGCGUGGCCCUGCUGGCCAACGCUCCGGAGCGCGUUCCCGAGCGGAAGCGACGGCCCCGGGACGGCUUCGGGGACAGCAGGCCCGGAAUUCCGGCCGGGAAUGUCAAACCCUCGUCCCGAGGAGCCAAGCAGCGCCUCCUGGCCCAGCGGGAGGAGCAGCUGGCCGUCCACAGGGAGCGGCUGAGCCAGGUGCUGAGGGACCUGGAAGAGGAGAGGGCCCCCGUGGUGAAGCUGGGGGACGCCAGCAUCGCCGCCCCCUUCACCUCCAAACUCUCCUCCAUCCAGUGCAUCUGCCACGUGAUCAAGCAGGGCCGCUGCACGCUGGUGACCACGCUGCAGAUGUUCAAGAUCCUGGCCCUGAACGCGCUGGUGCUGGCCUACAGCCAGAGCGUGCUCUUCCUGCAGGGCGUCAAGUUCAGCGACCUGCAGGCCACGCUGCAGGGGCUGCUCCUGGCCGGCUGCUUCCUCUUCAUCUCCCGCUCCAAGCCCCUCAAGACUCUUUCCAAGGAGAGGCCUCUUCCCAACAUCUUCAACCUGUACACGGUGCUGACGGUGCUGCUGCAGUUCCUGGUGCAUUUCCUGAGCCUGGUGUUCCUCUACCGGGAAGCUCAGGCCCGCAGCGAGCCCAGGGAGGAGGAGUUUGUGGAUCUGAGCCGGGAGUUCGAGCCGUCGCUGGUGAACAGCACCGUGUACCUGCUGGCCAUGGCCAUGCAGACGGCCACCUUCGCCAUCAACUACAAGGUGGGGCUUCCAGAACCUUCCCUUCCCACGCUUCUCCUGUUUUCCCGUUUUUCUCCCCAUUUUUCCCAAUUUCCGUUCCCCAGUGCCAUCAAACCCCUUUUUACUGGUCCAGAGCUUCUGAGUUGGCUCCCAGUGCCCUCCCAGUACAAACCAGUGCCCUCCCAGUACAAACCAGUGCCCUCCCAGUGCCCUCCCAGUGCAUCCCAGUGCCCUCCCAGCGUACCCCAGUGUACCCUAGUGCCCUCCCAGCAUAUCCCAGUGCCCUCCCAGUACAAACCACUGAGGGAAAAAAAAUGGGAACGGUGGGAAGUAAAAAUAUCACGGAUUUAG